GCUGACGAACCUGGCUGAGAGCUGACCUGGGUAGAGCGCCAUGGGUCCGGUGGUUGAGCGGCCCGCUGAGGCGGGCACGAGCGGCGUCGCCGAGCUGGAGCGGCUGAAGCAGCGCGCGGCCGAGCGCAUCGACGAGGCGGCCGAGCGCCUGGGCGCGCUGAGCCGCGCCAUCUGGAGCGCGCCCGAGCUGGCCUACGAGGAGCAGCGCGCGCACGGCGAGCUCACGCGCUUCUUCGAGCGCGAGCCUCCGGCGGGGUCGUGGGCUGUGCAGCCGCACUUCCGGCUCCCCACCGCCUUCCGUGCCGAGUGGGCGCCGCCGGAGGCCGCCACGGGGCCCGGCGCGCUGCAGCUGGCCUUCCUCUGCGAGUAUGACGCGCUGCCCGCCCUGGGCCACGCCUGCGGUCACAACCUCAUCGCCGAGGUCGGGGUGGCUGCUGCUCUGGGCCUGCGGGCUGCCCUCGAGGGCGUCGCCGCGCCACCGCCUGUCAAGGUCAUUGUCUUGGGAACCCCUGCAGAAGAAGAAGGUGGUGGCAAAAUCGAUUUAAUUGAAGCAGGUGCUUUUAAAGAUCUCGAUGUUGUUUUCAUGGCUCAUCCAUCUCAAGAGGAUGCCGCCUAUCUACCGGACGUGGCCGAGCAUGAUGUUACGGUGAAAUACUAUGGGAAGGCCUCUCAUGCUGCUGCUUACCCUUGGGAGGGAGUGAAUGCCUUAGAUGCUGCAGUCCUUGCCUAUAACAACCUCUCUGCAUUAAGACAACAGAUGAAACCAACCUGGAGACUUCAUGGUAUAAUAAAAAAUGGUGGUGUAAAGCCCAACAUCAUCCCCUCUUACUCUGAAUUAAUCUACUACUUCCGUGCACCCUCGAUGAAAGAGCUUCAGGUUCUGACCAAAAGGGCAGAAGAUUCCUUCAGAGCUGCUGCUUUGGCUACAGGCUGCGCAGUGGAAAUUAAAAGUGAAGCACACGAUUAUUACAAUGUUCUUCCCAAUAAAACACUGUGCAGUGCAUAUGUGGAGAAUGGGAAGAAACUGGGCAUAGACUUCAUCUCAGAAGAUGCAGUAUUGAAUGGCCCUUCAGGCUCUACUGAUUUUGGAAAUGUCAGCUUUGUGGUUCCUGGGAUUCACCCUUAUUUUUACAUUGGGACCGAUGCCUUGAAUCACACGGAACAGUACACGGAAGCUGCAGGAUCACAAGAAGCUCAGCUGUACACCUUGCGUACAGCCAAAGCUCUGGCCAUGACUGCACUGGACGUCAUCUUUAAACCUGAGUUGCUGGAGGGAAUCAGAGAAGAGUUUAAAUCGAAGCUUCAAGAAGAACAGCUUUUAAACACACCAGCGUAGAAGGAAUGCUAGGGGCUGCUUAGGAAGCAUUAAGUUUUGUUUGUUUUACCGCUAAUACUUUUUCAAUGCAAGAGAGCAUACUUGUUUCUCAGUUGUGAGGACAGACUAUAGUGACGGCCCUAAUGGAGUUUGUGAUCCUUCAGACAUUGGUUUGUGAUGACAUGUGAGUCUAUAACAUGGUAGUGCCUUUUGUGAGCUUUACAAACCCCAUAGGUUUCAACACGUAACACUUGGGAACUGUGUUCAAAGUUGGGGGAGUUUAAGUCUAACUGUAUCUGGUUUGGUCUAGAGAAAACCUUAAACAGGUGCCUGUAGGACACACCUAGAAUCUCCAGUACAAAGAAUUACUUUUCUUUAACAUUGUUUUAAAAAAGAAAAUGUUCUUUAUUUGCAUGUAAUUACUCCAAGAAGUGGCAUAGGAGCAGUGCAACAGCCAGCAACAGAAGUGACAGAAAAGCAGGGUGGGCCCUUCUAUUGGGAGACUGCAGUGUGAGAGAGGAGCUCAGACUGGGUGUGGACUGGUCUCCAGUGUCCUGCACUGUGCCCACCACCCAGCAGCCUCCCGCCCCACAGAAGCCCCCUAAGCCCCUGCUGGCCCAGUGGCAGUAAACAUGGAAAGGCGGCCUCUUAUCCCCAUGCUGUGACUUAACUAAGUUUCUGGCCUUCUCUCUGGACUUUCUCUUUGCCUUCUCAACUUGCUUUCUGCCUUUGUGUCACCAGAGCAUUCUGGGAAAGCCAGGAUUUUACCUAGAAAUUUGAGACAUUCAGUGGUUGUCAGUAAAAUCACUGGCAGUAAUAAUCCUGGAAAAGAAGGAGAUACCACCAGGAUCUCAUGAUUCUUACUUGGCAUAAAUUUCUCUGUUUCAGACAAGUGUUUCCUUCUGCUCCGCCCUCCUCCCUUUCUUUUUUUUUUUUGGGGGGGGGGGGUUUCGAGACAGGGUUUCUC